AUGCACAUUGAGAAUGAAAUCAGCGACAGGCCUCAUGUUUGUCCUUACAAAAACUGUCACAAAUCCUACAAGAAAAAGCUCAUCUUCGAGGCCACUUGCGAGUUCAUACUGGAGAUCGACCUUAUAUUUUCACGAUCCGACGAACUUUCGCGCCAUAAAAGGGUUCAUACUGGCGAGCGGCCCUUCCAAUGUCCAGUUUGCGAGAGAAGAUUCAUUCGCUCCGAUCAUUUGACUAAACAUGCCAGAACCCAUCUGCAUCUUCCAAAGUAUCUACCAAGUUGGCACCAAGUCGUCGAGGAACUGGAGCGGCUUUCUGAGCGAUUGAAGCGGACGAAUCCAGGGAUCGUUCCUGGACAGAAGACGGGACUGUACUAUCCUUCAUUUGCUUUCCCGCCGCAUGUGGACUUUGAAGGCACUGGCUCAAAGUAG